UCAUCAGUAUUAGUUGUGUGUUUGUCCCUGAUGUGUUGACUGAAUGCACUGAUUGAACACGGUUUUCUCUCCAUGUUUGUGGAUCAGGAUCUGACAACUCUGACUUCCAUCCCAUGGACCUGCUGUCUGGCGGCAUCACUGAGUACCGGUUUGGAAGCUUCAAGUAUCGGGGCGUCUUUUGUGACGUGGCUCAGUGCACACGGCUGGAUACCGAACACCCGGUAUUGGUCAAGAUCUUGAAGAAGACGGCCACAGACUCCCAGCAGCCCAACAGAGAGCUGGACGUUCUGAAGAGGAUCCGAGGACUUGACCCCCUCCACAUUGUCAGGUUCCUUGAUGACUUUGACUGCAAAGGGCAAACUUGUCUAGUUUUUGAAACGCUGGACAAGAGCCUUCACAAGCUGUUGAGGGAGAGACGUGGAGAACCUCUGUCACUUGGGGAAAUCAGACCCAUUACACAGCAGGUACGUGGAUUUGAUGAUUCCAUCACCAAACAAUGUCUACUGAUUUACAGAACAUAUCAAGCCAACAUAUAACCAACAUCUGAACAACCAGAUUCAAUCUUUGUUUCUUCUUCUGGUCCUGCAGCUGCUCUCAGCUCUCUGCACUCUGAAGACUGCUGGCAUCGUUCA